AGUAAAGCCACACACACACGUGCACACUUCUGAGAAGUGUGUUGCCAUGUGGGGCCUCGUGGCUGCCGGGUCCGUCUUCUUCCCAGGACUCUUCCUCCUGUCCAAACAGGCUCUCAAACAGCUGAUGGGAUGGAGCGAGGGGGACGCCGCUGUCGUGUCAACACGCCUGGUGUCAUCCAUCCAGUCCAUCAUGGCCUUCUCAGCCGGAUGCAUCAUCAUCGCGUCCUGCAGGGACGUCAUCGAGGACCGACAUUGGCUGACUGAUGCCUACAUCUUAUUUGCCACGCCUUACUUUGCCUACGACAUCUACGCCAUGUUUCUGUGUUACCGGCACAAGCUGCAGGUCAAAGGUCACGAGGAGGCGGGCCAAAGCGUUGGGUUGAUGGGAGCCACUGUGAUUGGUUACCUGCGCAGGGAGUUCCUCAUGGUGCUGCACCACAUCUUCAUGGUGACCUUCUGCUUCCCCGCCUCUCUGCUGUGGAGGCAGGGUAAAGGUGACUACUUCCAGGGCGUCUUGUUUCUGGCUGAACUCAGCACCCCGUCCGUCUCUCUGGGGAAAGUCCUGAUCCAGUAUAAGAAGCAGCACACGCUGCUGCACAAAGUGAACGGCGUCGUCAUGCUGCUCACCUUCUUCGGUUGUCGGGUCUUACUCUUUCCUUACCUGUACUACGCCUACGGCAGGUAUGCAUCGAUGCCGAUGUACCGGGUGCCCCUGGUGGCCCCAUGGCAGUGUAACCUGGGGACGGCCCUGCUCUGGCCUCUUCAGCUUUACUGGUUCACGCUGAUCUGCAGAGGAGCUCUGCGCCUGUUCACCCAACGCUCAAAUUCACCACCUGCGAUUCUUAAAGCCGACGGCAAUGUGGGCCCAGCUAACAGCUGCACAACCAAUCAGACAGCUGGUGGAGGAAGAGGAGAGUAAUGUAAUCCGAUCAGAGCCAAUCAGAUUACCAGGGGGGCGGUGACUGUUACAAACAGAUGAGUGUUUCUUCUCGUUUAUGGUAAAAGUUCCAAGGAGUGAACGUAGUGACAGAAAAGCUUACAGAUGCAGAUCCAUUAUUAAAUGGAAAAAGGAGGAAAUGAACAUUAGAAGUGUCACCAAGUUUAAUCAGAAGGGAGACGACGGCUGUUUGUAGUAAAACCACACAAGAAGAAUCAGGAUUUACCGAUCACACUGACGUUUACGAGAUCAUACGAGGAGCAAACCUGUACCCGACCUGUAAGGACAAAAGAUCAAACUAUAUAUAAAAAGGUAGAAAUGGUUUGUGUGAAGAUGAUGAUAAUCGGUUCAAAGGGAACAGAGAAAUCAUCCUCUAGGAUUAGCUUCAUUUUAAGGAGUCCCACAGGGAUCAACAUCAGGCCCACUGUCAUUCACUCUGCACAUGAACAUUGAUCAUGUCAGGAUCCAAUCUGCUUCACCAGAUUUUCUAACCACUGAUUAAGAAUAUAUUAAGGAAUCAAAGUAUUACAUAUUUAUCAAACAGGUUAUUGAUCAUUAUUUUGGGGGACUAUUAAAUAGCAUAUUUGUAGGUGCAGAGGAGUAGACAUUCAGCCUGUGGUCACACUGUGAGCUACACUGGCCCUCCGUAUAUUCGUUAAGUCAAGUUCAUUGAAGUUUGUAGUGGUUCUAUAAUAGGUGCCUUAGUUUUUCCAAUGUUUCCAACAGUAAAUAUUGUCCAGCUUCAUUCUGCAAAGUCAGUUUUGAAGCUGAUGAUAGCGCUUCCUUUCCCCCCACGAGCACCACAGAGCCUGCGUCGAUAUCCAACAUCAAAGCUAUUCAAGUGUUUACAGUCGCCCUCACCUCUGUGUCACUUUUAGCUGAAGACAGGACUUCCUGCUCCUGCGUACAACAUCAUCUGCACUGUUUAUGCUGACAAUACCAUCUUGAGGAUCCACGACUUCAUUAGCAUUUUGACCAGUGUGUGUUUGACAGUGCCGAGGCCUUUUAAUAAACAACAACAACCACAGGCCUGUAUGUUUGUUUGUUUUCUGAUCCACUCACGUGACUCAGCUUCACGUCGGCUCGUUUGAAUCUUGUGUCUGAUUUUUUUGCAGCAUAUAGUUUGUUCUCAUGUCUUUCUACAAAAUACAUGUUGAUCAAAGAUCUUCCUGAAUUAAUAAAUUUGACUUAAAACUGAA